UAGGUUGCCAAAAAGUCGUAACCUACAGGGCUCUAACGCGAAUACGACUUAAGGAAACGUAUUUGAUCGAUAACACACAAGUUUUGAAGCAAAGAAUUUUCAUAAUCCUUGUAAUGACCUAUAAAUCUAUCGUUUGAUGAAACAAAGUAUACUGACAAAAUAUUUCGUGUGAUAUAUUAGUCGACGGUUCUGUCCGGCCUCUUUCUUUACUUUUCAACUUCUUAUGCAUGUUUUUUCACCUUCAUUUUCCUAGCAUUAGUUUUAUGGAACACAACUGGUACCAUUGUAGCUGGUCAAGGCGGUCAAGGUAAUGGUCCCAGUCAAUUAAACGAACCAGUUGGACUUUUCUUAACUUCUACUUCCACAUUAUAUAUAGCAGAAUAUGCUAAUCACCGAGUACAACGAUGUUAUCAAGGUUCAUCGAGUUGUACCACUGUGGCUGGUAGUUCUAGUGCUAUUAGUGGUUCUAGUCAAUCAUCUUUGUACCGACCGCUAAAUAUGUAUGUAACAACAAAUGAAACAAUUUAUAUAUCCGACUAUGGUAACAAUCGAGUUCAGAAAUGGGAUAGCGCAGCGUCAAGCGGUACCACAUUUACAACAGCGUCUAAUCUUCGAUUUAUUUGGUCAGAUCAAUCGGUCACAUAUUUGUACGUGACAGAUGCGACCAAUACUGUUGUUCGUCAAUAUUUAAUUAAUGGGGCCACUAGUCAGAUUGUUGCUGGUCAAACUGGAGGUGGUGGUCAGAUGGCAUUUCCAUAUGGAGUUUACUUUGAUUCAUUGUCAAAUCAACUAUAUGUAUCAGAUCAAAGUAAACAUGUAGUAAUUAAAUUUAAUUCAGGCAAUGUAACAGGAGAAUUUAUUGCCGGUACAGCAGGCACAUCUGGAGCACAAGCAAAUCAGUUAAAUGGUCCAACUGGUCUACGCCUUGAUCAAUAUGGAAAUUUAUAUGUAGCUGAUCGAUAUAAUAGUCGAAUUCAAUUGUUUUGUAACGGUUCUACCAAUGGAAUUACAAU